UUUUUUUUUUUGUUUGGUUGUUUCUUCGGUCGUAGCGUGAGGGCUAAUCGUGUUCGUCUGCCUUUUCGCGCUUUCCUUUGGCGGUGGCAAUCGUUCGUGUCUAUAUAUAUAAACGUGUAUCCGCCUCGCCUUCCAUUGCCAUCACUCGACUCGUCGCGGCUCGCCGGCUUCGUAUCUCUUCCCCGCUGCAACGUGUUGCCGACUGUGGUGCGGAAGGCGGUGAGUGAGGAGGGAAAAAAUGGAGGGAAGGAAGCAAGGUGGAUCGUCUUCUCCCUCUGCCUCUUCCCCUUCCUCUUCUUCGUCGUCGUCGUCGUCGUCGUCGUCGUCUUUUGCUUCGGAGCUGUUCGGUUCCAAGGAGACGUAUCCAUCUUCGUCUUCGACGGGCGUGUUCGGCUCCAUCUUCGCGCCUCCGUCUAAGGUUCCUGAGAAGGAACCUGCGCGCUACGAGAGCGGAAGGAAGCACGAUUUUGAGAACGAGCCAUGGAGAAGCAAAUCCGGAACUCCAGAUGAUACAUCGAAUGUCAGCGGAGGAGGUCAGAGCAUGUGGAACAGAGAUAUGGGUACCAGUUAUCAAGAGCAGAGAGUACAACCGUGCCACCUCAGCUCAUCUAUAUUCUAUGGUGGCCAAGAGAACUAUUGCCACCCUCCAAGUACUCAAGGAUCUGGAUUAAAUCCUGUGGUGAGCACAAAUUCAAGAAAGAUGCUGGAGAAGAUGACGGAAGUGCUUCUAGGGGAAAUUGGUGGCAAGGGUCUUUAUAUUACUGAGAGGUUACCUGUCAGGCCGGUCGUCAACAUGGUACAUAGCAAUAUUAUAUUAGCAGUAUAGUCUUACUUGGUUCCUCAUGGAUAUGGAGAUAAUGGUCAGGUUCUCGCCGUUUGUCCAGCCUAACAACGAAGUGGCCAUCUGAUACUAUAGUUAGCGACUUCCAUAUCCCUUUUCAUGAGUAUGGAUUGCUUUCCUUCACUGUAAAAGAUGUUUGGAUGGCAACUUCUUUCUCCACAACCUAUUAUGGUGGACUGAAGUUACCUUAUAAUCUAGUGGGUGCUAUGUAUAAACUUUUAUCGUUUCCUAGUUUUAAUUUUCUAUUCACCAGCUGUAAAUGACCGCAUUAUAGUAUAGGUUCAUCUCAUACAGUGAAUAUCUAUUGCAGUAGCCGCUCUGAGAGGAUGAUUUUCGUCUUUA